AUGACCUCGCAAAUCUCGCAUGAGGACGACGUCCACGUCCACGAGAUCGAGCGCCACCACUCCUCCAAAUCCACGGAAAACGCAACACCAGAUUCGAAGCCAUCGACACAACUCUGGGUCUUCCCAUGGCCAAUGCCUCCGGCCUCCAACACACCCAAGAGCAACAGCCCGUUGCCAGAGGGCUACACGAGAAGAAACAUCCGAUGGAUGCCCAAGCCCAAGCGCCCAGCCAGCGAGCCCGCCUCCCCAGCGCCUCGAUCCUGCGGCGUGGUACACCGACAUUACUGCCCUGCGAAGCUGGUAGUGAAGUACGUCUUCUUCGACCAGAAAGUCGCGAAGCGCUUCGCGCACGUGCAUUUUGGGAUGAAGUUGGAGAGGAAGAAGACGGGUGGUGGUGGGGUUGCGAUGGGAGAUUUGAAUGAGUUGAAGAAUUGUAAAGAGGGGAGGGCGAAGAGGUGUCAGAGGAAGUUUGGGGAUAUGAGGGAGCCGGAGGUUGGGGGCGAGGUGAGGGAGGAUAUUUUUUCGGUUAUGGAGUCGUGA